AUGCCUCCUUCACCCUCAUACCAGCCGCCCGAGUCUCCGUCAAACGAUUCCGACUCCGAUCUCGAUCUUGACAUCCAAGAGCUCGACCCCAUUUCAACAGAGCCGGCACGUGAGGUGCAGCAGAACCGUCCGGUAGAAGAACAGAGGGCUUCCAGAAUAGCUCUAAGGAACUUGCGUAUGGGUGGGCUGCGGCGCACAAAGCGAGAUAGUGGAUAUGGAGACCUCGGUCGGAAUCGUCAAGACUCACACGAGCAAGAACAAGACUUUAUAGAAGACCAUGACGAGCACAACUCUAGGCUCCAUUGGUCUGAAGAAGGAGGUGGAAAUGGAGAGGAUAAUGCGCCCUUACUGGGCGAUCAGGGCUCGCAGAGCCGAAAACCACCUACGUCCGGACGUCUAGGCUCCGGCAUACGACUACUCAGCUUCUUUUCGACAAAGAAGCCCGAUGGCAGGGAAGCAGAAGAGCAGGCCGAGGAUGAUGACCCAUCGUCUUCUCGAAUGGUCGCCGUGGGCUCCAUCCAAGCGUCUCGAUUCCCGACCAAUAUCGUCUCCAAUGCCAAGUACACGGCAAUCACCUUCCUGCCGAUAACGCUAUACAACGAGUUCUCAUUCUUCUUCAACAUGUACUUUUUGCUGGUUGCGCUAUCCCAAGUGAUACCAGCCCUCCGAAUUGGUUAUCUGUCUACGUACAUUGCUCCGCUAGCCUUUGUUCUUUGCAUUACCAUGGGAAAGGAGGCGUACGACGAUAUCGAUAGACGACGAAGGGACAAUGAAGCAAAUUCGGAAGAAUACCAUGUACUGCAGUUUACGGAACCCGGGAAUUACGCAAAGAGUUCAAGACCGCGCAAGCCACUAAAAUCAGAGACGGUUGGGCGCAAAGGCCGAAAGGCGCAAGCCGGGCGCCAUGACCUUACCGAUAUCCAAGAGGAUGGGGAACAAGCCACUUCAGUUGUUCAGGAAAUCAGCCGAAAGUCAAAGGAUUUGCGCGUGGGUGACGUUCUCAAGCUAACCAAAGGCCAGAGAGUGCCAGCAGAUGUCGUGAUUCUGCAAUGUCACUCAACGGAGGGAACUACGGUCGACUCAUCUGCUGAGCCCGUCGAAGAGGAGGAAGAGGAGACGCUACUCGCAUUCGAAGAAGGGGAGUCCAGCUCCAGUGCCAAAGGCAAAGCGCCCGAGGCACCAGCAUCCCAAGACCACGAAGCGAGCAGCGGCCCUUCUGGGGAAACAUUCAUCCGGACAGACCAGUUGGACGGAGAGACGGAUUGGAAACUGAGGUUGGCGUCUCCUCUCACUCAGAGUAUUGCUCUGGAAGAAUUUGUCCGCCUUCGUAUCACAGCCGGCAAGCCGGACAAGAAAGUCAACGAGUUUGUUGGAACGGUCGAGUUGAUGCCUACUAGACAGGCGGCAACCAGCCAGCAAGCCAUGUCGGACGGCGAAAUGAGCAACGAUUCCAGAUCAGCUGCCUUGUCCAUCGAUAACACCGCUUGGGCCAAUACUGUCAUUGCCUCUCAGGGCACUACCUUUGCAGUCAUACUGUACACCGGCCCGCAGACCCGAUCCGCGCUUUCCACCUCUCCGUCUCGCUCAAAAACCGGCCUCUUGGAAUACGAGAUCAACUCCCUGACCAAGAUCCUCUGUGCUCUCACGCUGGCCCUAUCCAUCAUACUCGUCGCCCUUGAAGGCUUCGAAAAGAGUGGCGAAAACGCCUGGUACAUCAAGAUCAUGCGAUUCCUUGUCUUGUUUUCGACCAUUGUGCCAAUCAGCCUUCGAGUAAACCUAGAUAUGGGCAAGAGCGCCUUUUCACGAUUCAUCCAACGAGACCCAGGUAUUCCAGGGGCGGUUGUGCGUACAAGCACCAUUCCAGAGGAUCUAGGACGGAUCGAGUACUUGCUGAGCGACAAAACUGGCACAUUGACCCAGAAUGACAUGGAAAUGAAGAAGAUUCACGUCGGAACCGUUUCAUACGCCAAUGAAGCUAUGGAUGAAGUCACCUCCUAUGUCCGCCAGGCCUUUUAUGUCCAGCCCACCACUGAUCCUUCGUCUCACGGCACACUCAUUACUCCUUCCUCAGCCAUGUCCAAUACCGUCAAUAUAGGAGCCACUCGCACACGACGAGAAAUCGGGUCCCGUGUGCGAGAUGUUGUGCUUGCUCUUGCGCUCUGCCACAACGUGACGCCAACAUCAGAAAUUGAAGACGGCAAGGAGGUAACCUCGUACCAAGCAUCUUCCCCAGAUGAGAUUGCCAUUGUGAGGUGGACUGAAUCCGUGGGACUGAAGUUAUCGUACCGUGACCGCAAAGGAAUGGUGUUGGAAUCCACUGAAACUGGAAAGCCGGUCGUCAAAGUACGGAUCCUUGACGUCUUUCCAUUUACAUCAGAAGGCAAACGCAUGGGAAUCGUGGUCCAAUUUCUCGACAACAUGCACGCCAACCCUGCUCUCGGCAACGGCGAAAUCUGGUUCUACCAAAAGGGUGCAGACACUGUCAUGAGUUCGAUCGUGGCGGCAAACGACUGGCUCGAUGAGGAGACGGCCAACAUGGCGCGUGAGGGACUGCGAACUCUUGUCGUCGGACGGAAGAAGCUUUCUCAUCAACAGUAUCAAGAGUUUGCCUCUCAAUACCAUGAGGCCUCGCUUUCCAUCACGGGACGAGAUGCUGGGAUGCAGCGGAUUGUCUCACGCUACCUCGAGAGCGACCUGGAGCUGCUGGGCGUGACGGGCGUGGAGGAUAAGCUUCAGAAAGACGUCAAGCCCUCGCUGGAACUGCUGCGAAAUGCCGGUAUCAAGAUUUGGAUGCUGACGGGCGACAAGGUUGAGACGGCAAGAUGUGUUGCCAUCAGCUCCAAGCUGGUUGCGCGAGGCCAGUACAUUUACACUGUCGCAAAGCUCAACAGGAAGGACAAUGCCCAGGAGCAUCUGGAUUUCCUGCGGAGCAAGACCGACGCCUGCCUGCUGAUUGACGGAGAGAGCCUGGCGCUCUUUUUGACGCACUUCCGCAUCGAAUUUAUUUCCAUUGCUGUUCUCUUGCCUACUGUGGUGGCUUGUCGUUGCUCGCCGACGCAAAAGGCCGAGGUUGCAAAACUCAUUCGUGAAUAUACCAAGAAGCGAGUAUGCUGUAUCGGUGAUGGUGGCAACGACGUUUCCAUGAUUCAGGCCGCCGAUGUGGGAGUCGGCAUCGUCGGCAAGGAGGGUCGCCAGGCCAGUCUGGCAGCAGACUUUUCAAUUGAGCAGUUUUGUCACUUGGUCAAGUUGCUGGUGUGGCAUGGGCGGAACAGCUACAAGCGCAGCGCGAAGCUGGCUCAGUUUGUCAUUCAUCGUGGACUCAUCAUCGCCGUCUGUCAAACUAUGUAUAGUAUAGCUCUCAAGUUUGAGCCUGAAGGCUUGUACAAGAACUGGCUCAUGGUUGGUUAUGCCACCGUCUACACCGCGGCACCCGUCCUAUCUCUGGUACUGGACAAGGACGUAGACGAAGACCUGGCAAACCUCUACCCCGAGCUCUACAAGGAACUCACCUCUGGCCGGUCCCUGUCCUACCGCACAUUCUUCGUCUGGGUCCUAGUGUCCAUCUACCAGGGCGGCAUGAUCCAGGGCCUUUCGCAGAUCCUGACCGAGGUAGACAGCAAGAGAAUGGUGUCAGUCAGUUACACGGUGCUGGUGCUCAACGAGCUUCUCAUGGUGGCGAUUGAAAUCACGACGUGGCAUCCUCUGAUGAUUAUAAGCAUUGUGGGGACGUUUAUCUUUUACAUUGGAUCGAUGCCUUUCCUGGGCGACUACUUUGACCUUGCAUUUUUAAUUACUUGGUGA